CGUAUUUCAGGUAAAACAUUUUUGCCACCCAAAGACAAGAAAGUGAUUCGGGCUCAAAAAAAAAGAACAAGCGAAUUAGAAAAUAAGUGUGGUAAAUAUCUGCUCGCUCCUAAAGGCAAGCUACGAAUAGUGCUUGUUGGAAAAAUUGGAACAGGAAAAAGCCAUCUUGGUAAUAAUCUUAUUAAUGAGGAGGUUUUCGUGUCUGAAACUAGGUCAGAUUCAGUUACUAAACGAUGUCAGUUUGCAGAAAGGCAACUAGACAAGAAAAUCACCUUAUUUGUCGUUGACUCACCGGGGCUUUUCGACACGAGAGAUCCUAACGAACAAACCAUUAAGGAAAUUUUACGCAGUAUCGGUCUACUAGAACCAGGUCCCCAUAUUUUUAUCUUUGUCAUUUCCAUCGCCGUACGAUUUACGCAAGAAGAAGCCGAUUCUGUGGCGAUUUUGCAGGAGAUGUUUGGCGAACAGGUUAUACAGCACGUCAUCAUCGUUUUUACUCGCAAGGAUGAUUUGGGUGCUUCUAAAUCACUCAAUAAUUUCAUUAAGAAUUCAUCACCUGUCUUGCAGAAUCUACUGGAACGGUGCAAUAACAGGUUCGCGUUUAUCAACAACAAGGCAGAUAAAAAUGAACUGCGAGAAGAUGUUGACGGUAUUCUGGACUUAAUCUAUAAAACUAUUGGUGAAAACGAGGGAGGUUACUACACGAACGACGCGUAUCAAAAAGCUACUGAAGUUCUAGAGGUUAGAACAAAAGAAAUUCGAAGUGAAAAGGAAUGCACGCAAACAGAACUCUGGCAAGAACAACAGCAAAUUUUAGAAGAAGCAAAAGAAAAUUUGAAAGGAACGGAUGGAGAGCGAUUUCUGAAGUUAACUCAAGAACUACAAAAGACGAUUGAUGAAAAUGACCGGCAGUUAAACGAAAUUGAAGAAAAAAAACAAUGUCUAACUCAAAAGAUGAAAGAAGAGGACGAGCAGCGUAUCACUAAGGGAGACCAAAGGCAGAAGGACGAAGACAAACUUAAACAAUUGGAAGAAAAUAGAUCUCGGCUACUGGAAGACAAUAAGAAAAUAAAAUUGGAAAAGAAACUCGAAACACUGCAACAGAAGAUAGUCGAUGGCAGCGACAGUGAUGACUCUCGGUCGAAAACAAUAUUAAAGUUAGUUGAAACUAUUGGGAAAAUGGUAGACAUCAAUCAAAGAAAUCCAUGCCGAGAAACCAAGAAAGAAGUUGAAGAAGGUGACGAGAUAAUCAAGACUGUAGCGUCCAAAGUGGUAGAAGCUGCAAUGCAUCCUGGGGCUGCGGCUGUUUCUUUUGUGUCAGAAGCUUUGUCCACUCUUCUAGAGAAAUUUAAUAGGUCGUGGAUUUUAAAAUAUAAAGAUAGUGAUUGAUUUUUUUUAGUAGACGUCUUUGUCAUGGCGUAUAUCAGUCUUCUAGAUCUUUUAAAACGCGCAUAAUAUGAUUCUUCGAUACUUUAGUCCUGGUCCCAAUUCUAGCACCUUCAUUCUGAAUUUUUUUUGUAGUUGAUCAAUGGGGUUUAAUAACGAGUAAUCAAAAGAUGACAUAAAAGCAUUAAUCAGUAAUUCUCCGGUAUCAAGGUCUAUAAAUGGUCGAAUCUUUCCAGUUUGCUUUUUUUGCCUACGUAUUUAGUGCUGAGUCAAAAUAUAUACCAAUGCUUCUAACACAAUCGGUUGGUUGAAUAUUUGUGUUCCUAAUGAUUAUAUGAUUUAAAUUGAUGCUGUUCUUGUUGUCAAUGGCUUUGCGCUCUAUUAUCGCUUUCUUUUUUAAAGCAUUGGUGUGAUUAGCCCAAGUUGAUUUAUAUCUGUUUGCCCAACCGGGUUUAUUUAAUAAAGUGUUAGACUUUUUAAAAGAGACAGGAUUUUAUCAUAAAUUUUAAUUGUAUAUAUUAUCAUUCCAUUUUGGUAUUUUAAAUAUUAAUAUGCAUAAAAAGAUUUAUUUUACUUUAAUUUUAGUUACUACUGUGAUAUUGUUUCUAUUUAUGCAUAUAACUUUUUCUGUGAUAUAAUUUAGCCUGUCUUGAAAUAUUCACCAUAUGUUUGGCGCAAUAUAGCCCGGUUGGUGCUGACGUGCCAUAAAACCACAUUUCAUUACAAGUUGAUUUAUACAUUCUUUGAUUUAAAAUAAAAGAAACAUUCUGUUCAAAUGGCGUUUAGGGGUGAAUAAAAUAGGCUUUAACGUCCUACUGUUCUGGACCAACCGUGUCAAUAAAGAAAACGGAUUCAUAAGGACUUGUACAAACCUAAGCUAAUACGAUUAUGCAUAUUGCAUUAAUAAAAACCUAACAUGAAGUAUAUUGUACAUGAUAUAAUACCCUGUAAUGGGUAUCGCAGAUGUUAACUAUACAAAAUGGUGAAUAUAUUUUCUAAACAUAUCUUUUCGGGGAAGUAGU